AUGACAAUCUCGUACACGUUAAAAGUUGCUGAUGCCCGAUUUGCUGGAUUCUCCAAACUCCUCUUUCGUUGGAAAGGAAGCAUCUACAAGCUGCUGUACAAAGAAUUCAUUGUGUUCGUGAUUUUAUACUCCAUACUCAGUGUGACCUAUAGGUGUUUCCUGUCACAUGAACAGAAACGUGUGUUUGAGAAAGUGGCUGUAUAUUGUGACAAACACACCAGCCUCAUCCCAAUGUCCUUUGUCCUGGGGUUCUAUGUCACUCUGGUUAUUAACCGAUGGUGGAGUCAGUACCGGAGUAUCCCACUGCCAGACCAGCUGAUGUGUGUGGUGUCCGGGAAUAUUCACGGUUUGGAUGAGCGAGGACGAAUCCUGCGGAGGACACUGAUCCGCUACGCAAACCUCUCCUCUGUCCUCAUCCUGAGGUCAGUCAGCACACGGGUGCGCAAGAGAUUCCCUUCCAUGAAGCACAUUGUGGAAGCAGGAUUCAUGACUUGUGAGGAGUUAAAGGCGUUUGAAAUUCUUGUCUCUGAUUUUAACAAGUACUGGAUUCCGUGCGUGUGGUUCACAAACCUGGCAUCUCAGGCUCGGAGCGAAGGCCGAAUCCACGAUGAUGUGGCUCUCAGAUUACUGAUGGAUGAACUGAAUGGAUAUCGGGCAAAAUGCAGUCUGUUGUUUCACUACGACUGGAUCAGCAUACCCUUAGUAUACACCCAGGUCGUCACCAUUGCGGUCUAUUCUUUCUUCACCAUCUGUCUCAUCGGGCGUCAGUUUCUUGAACCCAAGGAGGGUUAUGAAGAAGAUAAGAUAGAUUUUUACAUUCCCAUCUUCACCUUGCUUCAGUUCUUUUUCUAUGCAGGUUGGCUGAAGGUCGCCGAACAGAUCAUUAAUCCAUUUGGAGAGGAUGAUGACGAUUUUGAAACAAACAAACUGAUUGACCGUAACCUUCAGGUUUCCUUUCUCUCUGUGGACGAUAUGUAUCAGAAUCUUCCUCCAGCUGAGAGAGACAAAUACUGGGACCAAUCCAGCCCUCAGCCGCCUUACACAGUGGCUACAGCCAGUGAGACACAGAAACCAUCAUUUCUAGGAUCUACCUUCGACAUGCACAUGAUUGAAAGUCAAGCCCUGAAUGAAGUAGAGGAACCUUCUCAAAUGGACCCCAAGCUGCACACACCCCUCCUCAACACCUCAGCUGUCACACCGCCCCCAGCCGUCAGCCUCAAACACUUCAGGCACAUCCCAGCCAUCAAUUUAUUACCGAACUUUACGGACUGUGUCAGCUCCGAUCUGACUCCAGAUGUGGUCACUCCAACCAAUGAAGGUUCCUUUACAGUCCACAUACAGAACUAA